AUGCUUGCCAGCAUUCUCGUCGCAGCCGCCGUCUCUGUCGCGGCCGCACCGCAGCUAGCAACACGUGACCAAGUCGACAUCACCGUCGCCUGCACCAGCUUCCAGGUCUACGGCGGCUGUCAGCUGAUCGCCGCCUGCUCCUCGACGGGCAAGAAGGGCGAUGGCGGCCAGAUCAAGGACACCACGCUGCCGCUCGGUCGAUGCCUGGCCGUCAACGCGACGACGCUAGAGUUUGCAUGGAGGGAGAAGUCGGUCCCGCUCGACGCUUCGGGAUCGUGCGUUCCAUGUGAAAGUUCUUGUACGGUCAACGCGGACUCGGGAGAGCUUUCUUGCUCCUGUUUCGAUCAGUCGCGACCAGAGAUGGGGACCAGGCAGGCCCAGAUCGGAUUAAAUGGUCACGUCUUUAGCAAAGAUGGUGUGCUGGGAUGUUUGGACGUGACGGGCAAUCCUUACAGUGCGCCUUGA